AUGGGACACAAAGAUCCCAUUCAGACACGGAUCCAGAGUGAUCCAGCACCUGCAGGAGGAGGCUGUGGCUGCUCCCAACACCCACAUCCAGCUGGAGACAUGAUGUCUCCAGCCCUUCCCGUCCUCUUCCCCCUCCUGCUCCUCUCAGCCAGGGCCUCUGGAGCACCGAGUUACGUGGUGGUGUCCCCGGCCGUGCUGUACCACCCUCACCCCGCCACGCUCUGGGUGCACCUCAGUGACCUCCAGGGGCCUGUCCAGGUCCGUGUCCAGGUGCAGGGGGACAGCGGGACCGCACCCAUCACCCUGCUGAGGAGAGAGGUCCUGGAGCCUCAUCUGCACCUGAAUGUCACCUUCCCGGCUCCAGCCCCCGCCAAAGGGAGCGAGGAGAUCGCGGCCCUGCAGGUCUCAAUCCAAGGGGAUUCCCUGAACGUCUCCGAGUCGAAGAAGGUGAUGCUGAGAGCUCUGAAGCCCGGGAUCUUCAUCCAGACGGACAAGGCUGUCUACAAGCCUGGGCAGGAAGUGAAGUUCCGAGUUGUCUCUUUGGACAAAGACCUGACCCCCAGCAAUCAGAAGCUGCCCCUGGUGUUCCUGAAGGAUCCCAGCGGGAAUCGCAUCGCGCAGUGGCGGGAGGUGACCCCUCGGCAGGGAAUCGUGGAUUUGUCCCUCCCGCUGGCCUCGGAGCCGGCCCUGGGCACCUACACCAUCAGCGUGGAGGGGAAAAGCCAUUCCUUCAGCGUGGAGGAAUAUGUGCUGCCCAAGUUCGAGGUGGCCAUUCAUCUCCCCAGCGUGCUGUGGCAGAAGGACGAGAAGUUCCCGGUGGAGAUUUGCGGGCGCUACACCUACGGGAAGCCCGUCCAGGGGAAGGUCCAGGCUGGCUUGUGCCUCCGCCAGAGGUUCCGGUAUCACCAGAGGAGGAAGACCUGCACCCAGGUUACUGGGCAGACAGGGAAGAACGGCUGCUUUUCCACAGAGGUCUCGUUGGCUGCCUUCAAUGAGACCAUCUCGAAGAUGAGGAAGGAACUUGAGGUUGAGGCAUCGCUGGUGGAGGAUGGGACAGGGCUGGAGAUGAAGAGUACCAAGAGCUGUGAGGUUUUACCCAAAACAGCCACAGUCAAGUUUGAGAAACCUGACCACGUCUACAAGCCCGGCCUCCCCUACACCGGGACGAUCCGGCUGCUGGGAGCCGAUGGCUCUGGGCUGCCCCAGAGGCAGGUCCUGCUCUCAGUCAGCAACCAGGGAAAAGAGAAGAUACUAAGCUUCCUGACAGACAGCUCAGGGAGAGCCUCCUUCCAACUGGUCGCCUCUGGCUGGAGUGGCAGCGUCUCCUUGAGGGCUAAAGUCAAAAGGACGGAUGAGACACAGGAGGAGGACGUAGCAGUCACCCCCCGAGAUGCCAUUCUGGCCGUCAUGCCCUACUCGUCGAAGAGCAGGAGCUUCCUGCACAUCCGUGACCUGGAGGGGGAGCUGCCCUGCGGCCGUUCCCAGCUGAUGCACGUGGAUUCCAUCUUCGGCAAGGAGGCUUUAGGCAGUGAGCUCAAGAACCUGGAUCUGGUUUUCAUGGUCCUGGCCAAGGGGACCAUCACCAGCAUCUUCAGGAAAGAGGUCACUGCCGAGCCUGGACAGAGAGUCUCCCUCUCCCUGGAGCUGCCCAUCGGGCUGGAGCUGGCGCCCAUGGCCAGGCUCCUGGUCUAUGUGGUGCUGCCCAACGGCGAGAUGGUGGCCGACGUCACCGAGCUCUACGUGGCCAAGUGCUUCCCCAACCAGGUGAAGAUGGCAUUUUCAGAGGCCAGGGCCCUGCCUGGGGCAGCGCUGAGGCUGCAGCUGGGGGCUGCCCCGGGCUCCCUGUGCGCUGUCCGAGCCGUGGAUCGCAGCGUGCUGCUCCUGAAGCCCGAGGCCGAGCUCAACGCCGAGGCCGUCUACAAAGCACUGCCUGAAUUCAACUACCCCUACAGCAUCCAGGAUGAAGGAUCCUGUCACUUCUACUGGCAGGACUCCAAGAUGGAAACCUACAAGUUAUUCCAGGGUGCGGCACUGAAGCUCUUCACCAAUGCCAUGACCAGGGAGCAUUGCCCGUCCUGGAUCCCCCUGCCUGGACUCCUGCGUCUUGAAGAAACGCCGGUAGAAGUCGAUUUCUUUGUACAAAGCAGUGUCGUCCCAGUAGACGUGAGAAUGUCCAGCCCGGCCAGCCCAGGCAUCGAGGACAGGGACGAGCCCCCAGCACCCCGGACCUAUUUCCCAGAGACCUGGCUGUGGGACCUGGUCCCUGUGGGGGAGGGCGGCUCUGCCGAGGUGUCGGUGACAGUGCCCGACGCCAUCACCGAGUGGGAGGCCGGCAUGUUCUGCAUGGCCCCGCAGGGCCUGGGGCUGUCCCCUGCUGCCACCCUCACGGCCUUCCAGCCGUUCUUCGUGGAGCUGGCGCUGCCCUACGCCGUGGUGCGCCACGAGACCUUCACCCUCAAGGCCACCGUCUUCAACUACCUGCGCCAGUGCCUGAGGGUUCAGGUGACGCUGGCAGAGUCGGCGCAGCUGGAGGUGUCGGCAGGCGCAGGGGACAGCUACAGGGGCUGUGUCUGUGCAGAUGAAGCCAAGACCUUCCAGUGGGGCGUGCGAGCCACCAGCCUGGGGCAGGUGAACAUCACCGUGAGCACCGAGGCCCUCAGCUCCAACGAGCCCUGUGGCAACGAGCUGCCCCUGGUGCCGGCCCAGGGCCGCGUGGACACCGUGAUAAAGCCCCUGCUGGUGCAGCCCGGGGGGAUCCUGGUGGAGAAGGCUCACAGCUCCCUGCUCUGCCAGGAAGGUGCUGAAGAAGUUUCCUUGGAGAUUCCUGCAAACAUCCUGGAGAGCUCCCAGAGAGCCCACGUUACUGUCAUGGGUGACAUCCUGGGCAAUGCCCUGCAGAACCUGGACGGUCUCCUGGCCAUGCCCUACGGCUGUGGGGAGCAGAACAUGGUUCGCUUUGCCCCCAACAUCUACAUCCAGCAGUACCUGGAGAAGACGGGGCAGCUGCUGCCGGACAUCCGCGCCAAGGCACAGGGGUUCCUGCAGAGCGGGUACCAGCGGGAGCUGCUCUACAAACACGACGACGGCUCCUACAGUGCCUUCGGGAAGAGCGAUCGCGAGGGCAAUACCUGGCUGACGGCGUUCGUCCUCAAGUCCUUCGGGCAGGCCCGAGCCUACGUGGCCAUCGAGGAGCGGCACAUCACGGACGCGCUGCGGUGGCUGCAGCAGCGCCAGACGAAGAACGGCUGCUUCCGCAGCAUGGGCAAGCUCUUCAACAACGCCCUGCAGGGCGGUGUCUCGGACGAGCUCUCACUCUCGGCGUACGUGACGGCAGCGAUGCUGGAGCUGGGGCUGCCCACGCUGGAUCCGGCGGUGAGCUCAGCCCUGAAGUGCCUGGAGGAUUCUCCCACAGACAACCCCUACACACAAGCCCUGCUCGCCUACGUGUUCGGGCUGGCGGGGCUGCGGGAGCAGCAGCAGGCACAGCUGCAGCGCCUGGCCCAGCACAGCGUCAGCGCAGAGGGGCAGCUCUACUGGCAGAGGAAGGGGCAGGCUCAGAAGCCCCCGGAGCUGUCCUGGGCCGCGGCUGCGCCGGCCGAGGUGGAGAUGACAGCCUACGUCCUGCUGGCCUACCUGUCCCAGCCCUCCGUGUCCCCCGCUGACCUGGGGACAGCGUCCCAGAUCGUCCGCUGGCUCUGCAGGCAGCAGAACCCCUACGGGGGCUUUGCCUCCACGCAGGACACCGUGGUGGCCCUGCAAGCCCUGGCCAAAUACGCCGCCCUGACCCACGGCAGCGACGGGGACUUCACGGUGACGGUGACAUCGCCCGUGGGGACAGCGCAGGACUUCGUGCUGGACAGCAGCAACCGGCUGGUGCUGCAGCGCACGGCCCUGCACGGGCUGCCGGGCACCUACGGGCUGCGAGCCCGCGGGCAGGGCUGUGCCCUGGUGCAGGUGACCCUGCGCUAUAACGUGCCCCCCCCUCCCAGCACCGGCGCGUUUGAGCUGCGGGUGCAGACGGAGCCGCUGCCCGGCACACAGAACCCCCAGUUCCUGCUCCGGCUCUGGGCACGGUACAACGGGGAGCGUCCUGCCACCAACAUGGUUGUCAUCGAGGCCAAGCUGCCGUCGGGCUACAGCCCCGACAAGAAAUCCGUGGUGGAGCUGAAGAGGCAGAAGCUGGUGAAGAAGGUGGAGGUGCAGCCCGACCAGGUGACAAUUUACCUGGAGCAGCUGAGCAAGGAGGAGGAGAGCUUUUCCUUCCGAGCCCAGCAGGACUUCCUGGUGAGCAACCUCCAGCCGGCCACCGUGUCCCUGUACGACUACUACGAGACAGGUGACCGUGUGGACGUGGCCUACACUGCGCCCCCCAGCUCAGAGCAGGAAAACAUCUGACUCAGCCUGGAGCCUGGCAGCCCAUCCCUGCCCCCGCCCCAGCUCCUGCAGCCGCCAGCGUCAGGGAUGGCUGAGGGGCUCUGCUCCCACCCCAGCCAUGGUCCCGACCCUCCACCGGGGCAGGAGGUGGCCCAGAGACCCUCCCAGCACCGCUGGCCACCAGCAGGGCCCCUCUGGAUGGAGGCACAGCUCCCCCCACCAGGAUCUGCAGCCGAGGGGCUCCGCAGGCCCAAGGACACACGAUGGACUUGGCUGAGCAGCCACAGGGAAUGUCACAGGGACACCCCCGGCCACCUCCUGCCACCCCUGCUCAGGGC